AUGCUGCUAUUGCCACCACCGCUGCUGCUGCUGUCCCUGCUGUGGGCAUGUGGGUGGGCUGCGGGGAGAGGGGUGGGCGGGGCAGGGGCUGCAGCCGAUCGUUAUUCCUACGCAGGGUCCCUGUAUCAGGACAAGAGAUACUGGCUGCGGGUGCGGGGGCCUGUGACGGUGCAGGAGGGCCUGUGUGUCCGCGUGCCCUGCUCCUUCCAGUAUCCCCGGGACGACUGGGACGACUCUGUCCCAGCUUUCGGCUACUGGUUCCAGGAAGGGGCCAGACCCUACCAGGAUCGUCUAGUGGCCACAAACAACCCAGAUCGUGAAGUGCUGAUGGACACCCAGGGCCGAUUCCACCUCCUUGGAGACCCCCGGACCUACAACUGCUCCCUGGACAUCAGAGAUGCACGGCAGGGAGACACGGGGACAUACUUCUUUAGGGUGGAGAGAGGGCCUUCUGUGAAAUAUAAUUAUUUAGAGAACAGGCUCCACCUGCAUGUAACAGGGCCUGGGUCUGUUUCUCUCUCCUCUUCAGCUCUGACACAGACACCCGACAUCCACGUCCAGGGGACCCUAGAAUCUGGCCUCCCCAGGAAUAUCACCUGUGCAGUGCCAUGGGCCUGUGAGAGGGGGACACCCCCCACCUUCUCCUGGACCGGGGUUGCCCUCCCUUCCCUGCACCCCAAGGGCCCCCACUCCUCGGUGCUCACGCUCACCCUGGGGCCCCAGGACCACGGCAACAACCUCACCUGUCGAGUGACCUUCCCCGGAGCUGGCGUGAGCGCAGACAGAACCAUCAGGCUCAACGUCUCCUAUGCACCCCAGAAGCCGACCAUCAGAGUUUUCCGGAAGGAAGACAAAGGACCUGAAAGUCUGGGCCAAAGCCUACCUCUCCCAGUCCUGGAGGGCCAGUUCCUACGCCUGGACUGUGUUGCCGACAGCAACCCUCCUGCCAGGAUGAGCUGGAUCCGGGGGAGCCUGACCCUGAGCCCCUCCAAUUCCUCGAACCCUGGGGUCCUGGAGCUGCCCCGGGUGGAACUGGAGGACCAUGGGAAAUAUGUCUGCCGAGCUCAGCAUCCGUUGGGCUCUAAGGAAGCAUCUCUGAGCCUCGUUGUGAAAAAACCCCCGCAGCUGCUGGGACCCUCCUGCUCCCAGGAGGAUGAGGGUCUGCACUGCGACUGGCAGUCGGGGCGCGUCGCAGCACAGGUGAUUCUGACGGCCAUCUGGGAAGCGGCUGUCAAGAUCCCGCUACUCUUCUUGGUCCUCAUCGCCCUCCUGUGA